AUGGGAAGUGAAAAGAGAAACACAUUUGGAUCUGUGAUUUAAAGUUCGAUUGCACCAGGACCUGGACUUUAUGAUGCAAAUCGUGGUUUAAGUUUUAUAAAAGGCAAAAUGUCUCCUAAUAUUACAAUGGGUCAAAAGUUUAAUGCUAGUAGCAUUAAUGAUCCUUCAUACUUGCCAGGUCCGGGUCAAUAUGACAUCAGUGAUGAAAAAGAGAAAAGGAGUAAGUCGUACUCAAUUGGGUUGAAGUAUCAAAGAAAUCUGAUAGGAGCGAAAGAAGGGCCAGGUCCAGGAACAUAUAAUAUAGAUAAAGCUGAUAAGAGUAGGUCAAGUGGAGGUGUAGGUUCAUCUGUGGGAGCUUCAUUUUCAUUUCCAAAAGAUGAUAGAAAUAUUACGAGGGAUAUAGAAAAGAAAUCUAAGGAUAUUCCAGAUCCAACAGCAUAUGACCCAGCUUUGAGGAAUUCAUAGAUUGGUAUAUCACUAGGACAAAAAAUUUCAAUGGAAUCUAAUUAUAAAAUGAUUACUCCUGGCCCAGGAACUUAUAACGUUCAAAGUAACUUUAAGAAUAAUAGGUAUUCUGGUAAAGAUUCAAAGCUCUCACAUAUAGAGAGUGUUAGAUCUGGAUAAAGCUAAUAAGGUCCUAGAUAAACAUUGCAAACAAACAAUUACCCAGGUCCUGGCUAAUACAUGCAGAGCAUGGAUAGCUCUAUAUUCAAAAAUUAAAAAGGAACGACAUUUGGUAAUGCUACCAGAACAGACCUGACUCCAAAAGAUGUGCAAUCCACUCCUGGUCCGAAUUCAUACCUUCCAAAUAUAAACCUUAUCAAAAAAUCUGCAGCAAAUUGGUAGAUCAAACAGUUGUUUAAGAAUAAUUCACAUACAUCAAGAAAUUUGAAUCCAGGUCCAGGAACUUAUGACGCAUUAACUUCAAAAUUGUCAGAUAUGCGUUCAGGGCCAUCAAUAAGUAUGGGCUUGAAGUAUGAAAUAUAAAAAGACCCAACUAGAGGCAAUCCAAGUCCUCUUGACUAUGCUCCAAAUUAUGAUCCCGUGAACAAAAAAUCAACUGGAGUUAAGAUUGGAAAGCAGGCUUAAAGAAUCAGUCUUGCUGAAAAAUCUCAACUAGAAAGUCCACCACCUGAUCAGUAUUUUUAGAGCAUUGAACUAUCAGAUGCUAUGAACAAACUAAAAGGCAAAAGUUCAGGACCCAAAUGGACUAUGGGAACUUCUUAACGAUAUGAGAUAGGAGGAAGCUAAGCAAAGACUGGAAAGAAUUAGCCAGGACCAGGAAACUACGAAUUGCCUCCCACUAUAGGAAAUAUCCCUCACUAUGAAAGAUCUAAAAUUAAGACACUCCAAUGA